GCUAGGAUUAGAAGGUUCCCCAACAUUUUUUUCCCGGCAGCCGACACGCUUCAGUAAGUAAUAAACUCAGCAAGUAAUAAAGAACCGUCAACAAUGCCUCAGAAAAAUAGAGUGCCUGUUUUACAAGAGCUUGCACUGAUUUCAAUUGGCAAAUACAUAACACUAAUAGGUAGUAAGAUGAUAAAACCAGUAUGCGAAAUAUCACAAAAGAAUCCAGCACGUAGCGUUAAACUUCUCCGUAGCUUAAUCCAGACUCUCAAACAAAAUUUGAGCUCAAAUGUGCCUUGGCAUCUCUACACCCCGAUGUCAACUAAAAUUCUACAGUCAAUAAUGAUCCUAUUGAACGAAACUAAAAACACAUACAACGAUUACCAGCCGGUCAAUCUCUUCUUGUCCGAAAUAAAUGUCAUUGUCUCACUGAUAGAAGUGGUGAUGCAUCAGAACCUCCGAGUAAUUGAGUUUACAAUGUGGCCUAAAAUAAUGCGACACAUGUUGUACAGCAAUUUGCACAAUCUCCGUGGCCUGGAAGUACUAGAUCUUGGAUCUGGUUCCGCUGGAUGGCGGACAUCGGACAUAGAAAAGCUGAUAAUAAACGGCGUCAGCUCAAUGCCCAACUUGACAUCUCUGACACUUUGUUUCGAUUGUACAGACAAUAUUAUCACAGCUCUAGGGAAUAAUUGUCAGAAGCUACGUUGUCUUGAUGUAACAUCAUCUAGAUCAGUUACAGAUCGCAGUAUCCAGGCAUUACUGAAGUGCCACCAGCUACGCGAUGUCAAAUUAUUCCGUACCUCAAUCACGAUAACAGGUUACGCUGAUUUAUUAUUAGGACUCCGCUGGCUUGAGAGCAUCGGCAGGUGCGAUGAUAUCGGAGACAUUUUAGAAAUAAUUUACGAACGUGAAAGCAACAACAAGUGUUUGUUUUUAAAAUCAUUCGAAAGCCGGAAUAUGACGACCGGUUAUUUGUAUUUAUUGAUCACGAUCUGUCCAUUUAUAACGAGUUUGUCGAUAAUGUGCAAUGACGAGAUGGAUAAUUUGUCAAUUCUGUCGGUACUUGAAUGCUUGACGGAACUAAAAUUGAUGUCUUGCAAUUUUUAUGCUGACGGUCUCGGUGUUUUGCUGGAGAUGACUCAGUCUAGGAUUGAGAGCCUGCAUUUGGAACAUGUUGAUGAGAUUGAUCGGACUGCGCUGGUCUGCAUCAGUCAGUACUGUCCGCGGUUGAAGAGUUUGACAUUUUACAAUUGCGACUUUAUUGACACGAUGAUGAUCAACGGGGGAAUUAGGUAUGACAACUUGAAGGUGAGGCCUUUCAAGUGUCUGGAGAGGAUUAAGUGCGUUGCCGAUUGCGCUAAAUCACAUUUAGAGUUUUUGCUGUCCCAUUGUACAGACAUUAGAUUCAUCCAGCUGGGCUCGUCGACGGGAAUAGACGACACGACGAUGAAAAAGGUCUUCGGGUUUAACCGGAUGAGCAAGUUGGAAGAAUUGAAGAUUUUGUACAGCAGCGAUUUGUCGAUGAGAACUGUAAGGUUGCUUAUGAAGAAUUGUGAUAACUUGAGAAGACUGUCCGAGCUGGAAAGCUGGCAUGGAAUCACGGAAGAAGAGCUGAUUAAUUUUAGAAAUGAACUCAAGAUUCAAAAUAUUAAUUGUGAUACGAGUCCUACUUUAUCUUUUGCUUAGUUUUUUUGUUUUUUAUUAAUUAUUGUUUUACUGAAGUGCUUUUGCUGGCUUUUAAUAGUCAGACAUUUUGAGAUUUUUACACGGUCAUAAAAUGGACAUGUUUACUUUUAUAUUUAUUUUAAAAAAAUAUUUAUAGAGUAAAUAUCGAAUUUUGAAAUUUUUACGUAUAUAAUUCGAAUUUGACUCUUCAUCCGUCGCGGUAUGAGCGCAGUGUCGCAAUUUUUAUUAAAAAAAUUUAAAAAAGUUUCUUAGUCUUUUGAAAUUUUAUGAGUUUUUCUAUCAUACUUUUUAGUAUCGAAUGAAUGAAUGAUAAUAAUUUUUGAUAUUUUAAAUGUUAAAAAAAUUUUCUUUUUUUGGGAAAGUUGAGAUUUACUGCUGACAUGAAUGAACUUGAGAUGGCAAAUUUGAUUCCAAUUCUAAAUGAGAGUCGACUUUUCUUUGAAGAAAAUCAAUUUUUUAGAAUCGGCUUUUAGUUUUUGAAGUAGAUCAAGAAUCGAUUCUUAACAUUCGACUUCUAGAUAAAUUAGUCCAAGAACUGGUGAGCCAUUUUAACUCUUAACGGCCACACCUCACCCAGGCCACAUGGGGUAACCUUCUAUGUCGAUUAAUCGAUUCAAAAAAUCAAAAUAAACAGACGGUGCGAAUCAAAAAUCUAUUCUUUGAAAUAUCUUUCCAUCUCUAGAGCGAACUCUAUUGUUAAUUUGGCGGAUUUUCUGCGGUGUUGCCAAUUACUAUCAGCGACUUAUUUCCAGCUCAUUUAAUUCUUCUCUUUUUUUAUUAUAUUUAUUUAAUACAAAAUUUUUAUUUUAGUAAAAUAAUUCUAGAAAAAAUUACAAAUGUCUAGUCGUAUAAACUUGUGGGUUUUAAUUUUGAAAAAUCAUAGUUAAGAUACUUGGCAACACCCCAAUAUUAAAUAUAUGACAGCAAAACGCCGCGGCGCGACGAACGAAGGGAAAAAUUUCUACGGUCACAAAAAUUUAAAAUUCGUCUAUUUUUUGGCGCGUAAAAAUCUAAACAAUCAAACAUUCGAAUUCAAAGAGAAAACCCGUGCUAUAUUUAAAUACUUUAAUUAAGUUAAUUUUAAUUGUCGAUAAAUUAAAAAAAAAACGGAUUGUUUAAUUUUAAAUUUUAUUUAUUUAUGUUACUGUAAGUGAUUAUAUUUUAAUUAUAAAUAAUAAAUUAAUAAUAGGUGCCAUGACAAAUUCCAAUGAUGUGUAAUAGGUAAUUAGUUAAUAAUUAAGCAACUGAAUAAAGUGACUUAUAUUUUUGUAUUACCGAUGGAUUUUUUAUUGUAAAAAUAUGGACUGUGAUUUUUUUCAACGGCUCAAAACUUCCAUUUUUAAUAUAUACGUAUUUAAAUAUAUGGCUUAUUUAUACUAUUUAAUAAAUAAAUAAAAUAUUUAAUGGCUAUGACUGAAUAUUCACUUGCAUAUCAUAU